GUCUCCCCCUCCACAAUAGAAAAACAAAACAAAAAUCUGAAGCUGAAUUGUGUCAGCAAUGGCGAUCGCAGCUGUGGUAGUUCUGCCAUUAGGUCUACUCUUCCUUCUAUCUGGCCUCAUUGUCAACUCCAUUCAGGCACUUCUCCUUGUCCUUGUUCGCCCUAUCUCAAAGAACACUUACAGAAGGAUCAACAAAGAAGUCACAGAACUACUGUGGUUGGAGGUCAUUUGGCUUUUCGAUUGGUGGGCAAACAUCAAGGUUGAGCUAUACACAGAUCUUGAAACUUUUGAAUUAAUGGGUAAAGAACAUGCGCUUCUCAUUUGUAACCACAAAAGUGACAUUGACUGGCUUGUUGGAUGGGUCUUAGCUCAGCGUGCAGGUUGCCUUGGCAGCGCCCUAGCUAUAAUAAAGAAAUCAGCAUUAUUUCUACCUGUUUUAGGUUGGUCAAUGUGGUUUUCUGGUUUUCUAUUUUUAGAGAGAACUUGGGCCAAAGAUGAGAACACACUGAAGUCAGGAUUCGAAGGGUUAAGUGAUUACCCCCGGCCUUUUUGGUUGGCUCUUUUUGUUGAAGGAACUCGCUUUACGAUGGAAAAGCUUUUAGCGGCCCAAGAAUAUGCAGCUUCAGCAGGUUUUCCUGUUCCGAGGAAUGUUCUGAUUCCCCGCACCAAGGGUUUUGUUGCAGCAGUAACUCAUUUGCGCUCAUUUGUUCCAGUAAUAUAUAACAUUACACUGGCUAUCCCAAAAAAUGAGCCUCGGCCUACAUUGUUAAGACUCAUCAGGGGACGUUCCUCUGUGGUACAUCUGCACAUUGAGCGGCAUCUAAUGCAAGAAUUGCCAGUAUCAGAUAGUGACAUUGCGCAAUGGUGCAAAGAUAUAUUUGUGGCAAAGGAUGCUUUACUGGAGCAUCAUCUUGCUAAGGACACGUUUGGUAACAAACAAUGCAUAAACAUCGGUAGACCGAAGAAAUCUUUGUUGGUGGUACUCUUGUGGUCAUGUUUCCUCAUUUUUGGAUGUGUCAAAAUUUUCCAAUGGUGCACUUUCUCAUGGGGAGAAAUUGCAUUUUGUGCUGUUUUCUUGGCUUUGAUUAUGAUCCUUAUGCAAAUACUCAUUGUGUUUUCCCAAUCAGAACAUUCAACCCCUCCUAAGAUAUCACAGCCGGACCCAUUGAAGGACGUGCUGCUUCAAAAAUGAGCUGAUGUAAAGUCAAUUAAGGUUCAAUACGAAGAAAACUCCUCUUAGAGCCGUUUGCCAGUCGACAAGUUCAAGACGAGUCAGAUUAAAUAUUUGCAAUGUUGCUAUACCGGGGCAAAAUUACUUCAAAACUUGCUUCCUACUUGUAGUUUGUUGCAUCAUUUCUUAUUUAUUCUUUUUUUGUUUUACCUUAACUAAAAACAACAGGCAAUAUAAAUCUCAGAGAGAAGUAUAGUAUGUAUCUCUAUUAAUAUGACUACCUAUGGAUCGCAUAGUAAAAAUAUGGAGAAGAACCGUUAUUAUGACCGUCUUGCCCCAUUUGAUUAGUGGGGUGAAACUUGAUAUGGAUGUUGUAUUUCUCAUCCUUAUUGCCAAUUAUAGAUUGAUCGUCUAAAUGGGAAUCUCAAUACUUGCUUCGAA